CAGUUGCCCGGGCAGUCAGGCUCACUGCGCACGCGCCGCCCGGCCGCCGGCCCGCCCUCUUCCGCUCGAGAGCUCGAGAGCGGAAGUAGGGUGUCGUCUGGCGGAGCUGUCUGGAGUGGUGUGUGAGCAGUGGGGUUGGAUGUUUCUCCCCGCCCUGCGCACCAGCAUAUCUCCUGAGCCUGUAAGAACACCAAGGACCGAAGGCUUCACCUUUAGACUCUUUCUCGCAACAUUCCUAGAGUCCGUGGAGCUGGAUCCUCUGACUGGGCCAGAGUAGGGCCUAUGUAUCUGCAGCGAUUCCAGGAGUUUGUGCUGUCAGAGGUGGCAUCUCCAGCAAAGGGCAGUUUGGAAUAUCUCACCUAGUAGGAGUGGGAAAUUGUUGAAGAUUUCUGCAGUGGACUUGCACAGUAACCACAGACAAAUUUUCCUGCUUUGGGUGUUUUCCUGAUAAUGGCGAAGAUGGUGAGAAGAACAUGUGCAUUUUGUUCAGAAGGGGAAGCUGGUUCUGUAAUGUAUAUUGCCAAAGACCGAAAUAUUGCAGCUCAUCAAGAUUGUCUGCUGUUUUCCUCAGGGUUUGUGGAAUCUGAAGAGUAUAACCCAGAAAAUCUGGAUCUAAGGUUUGAUGUGACAUCAGUGUUGAAAGAACUCAAGAGAGGAAAGAGGCUGGUGUGCAACUUCUGUCGCAAGAAAGGAGCCACUGUGGGAUGUGAGGAGAGAGCCUGUCGCAGGAGUUACCACUAUUUCUGUGCACUCUGCGAUGAUGCAGCAAUAGAAACGGAUGAAGUAAAUGGAGUAUACCGAGUGUUCUGCCCCAAACAUGACCCAAGCAGUAGGACCAAUCACUAUGGUGCAGCUAAUAAAAGGAGAAGACACGCAUUGAAAUCUUCCGCCAUCACAGAACAAAUGAGCACAGAAGAGACGGCAGAAGAAAACAGUUUACGAAUACUAAAAAGAAAAAACAACAGACAUAAAGUCCGAAUAGACUUUCUUAGGAAAUGCAAGCAAGCCGGGCUUCUGGAUGACAUAUUUGAAGAAAUGCUAGACACACUUCACCUGGCACAGGAAAAACUGAUGGAUGACAACACUUCAGAAACAGAGUAUGAAGAGACAGUGAUAUCACUCUUUGACUGUGGACUGUUUGAAAAUAUACUGACAAAUAUUCAUUCAGGAACAGAGGAAAAAAUCCAGGAACUUCUGGAAAGCAGGAAAAGACUGGAUAACAAGAUCGAGCUACUGCAGGAGUUAAAAGAAGUCAUUUCUACCCCAGAGAACACUGCUAGUACAUCCAGUACAGCAUCCGAAUAACCCCCCGAGUCUGUCUGUAAUGGUGUCAAUGUUUAGGAUUUUCUAAGGAUAGAAACAGUAGAGCACGUCUGGUCAGUGUUUAAGUAAUUCCCCUGCCCCCCCCC